UAUCGUAAUACCUAAUUGUUUGAAAAAAAUAGGUAUUUGCUUAUUCGAUAUAAAUAAUGUUAUAACAAAUUUAUGUACAAGUUUUAGAAGUACUUUAUUAUCAAGCCUUAUAUUCGAUAAGGACAAAAAUAGAUUGUUCCGACGAAAUGUCAAAGUGGCAAUCUGAGAGAAGUAUUCACGAAAUGCUGAAAGACACUCCACCGCUGCGCGAGUCUAGCGAUUCUAUAACAUCAGGAACAGAGGCCAAGUUCCCGACGUCUCGUUCCAUGCCUUUUCCACCGGCUUACGCUCCUCCGGAUGUGUCACAGAAUGGUGCAGCCGGAAACAGUACUUUGUUGCGUGCAGGCUCCACCAAGAUAGAAUCCAUCAAGAACUGGAGUGUCUCUACAUAUAAGUGCACCAAGCAACUACUGUAUGAAAAGCUUGGCAAGAGUUCACGGACCGUAGACACUGAGCUGGAGGCGCAGAUCGAGAUGCUGCGCGAGACGCAGCGCAAGUACAGCGGCGUGCUGCGGCUCAGCGCGGCGCUCACGGCGCAGCUCGCCGCCGCCGCCGCCACGCAGCGCGCGCUGGGCGAGGCCUUCGCCGACCUCGCGCAGAAGUCUCCCGAGCUGCAGAACCAGUUCUUGUACAAUGCCGACACGCAACGCUCGCUUACACGUAACGGCGAGACGCUGCUGGCUGCGUUACAUUUCUUCAACAACGCUCUGAACACGCUCACCAACAAGACCAUGGAGGAUACGCUGCUCACCAUACGGCAGUAUGAAGCUGCGCGGGUGGAGUACGACGCCUACCGCAGCGAGCUGGAGGCCAGCGGCGGCAACCCGCCCGAGCUGCUGCUGGCCAACAUCGAGCGGCACCGGCGCCACUACGAGCGUCUGCGGGACGACUCCGCCGUCAAGCUCAAGUUGCUGCAUGAGAACCGGGUAAAAGUGAUGAAUAAACAACUUCUACUUUUCCACAAUGCUGUAUCAGCUUACUUCAGCGGCAACAAUGUCGCUCUCGAAGCAGCCGUGCGCCACUUCAGCGUGCCGGGGGUGCCCUCCCAACACAACAGCCACCCUCCACUCCCCACCACACAAACCCCUCUCCCGUCCACCAGUCCGCCGCGGACUGCAUAGGACUUCGCCCCGCCUACUUACUGAGCUUCCAAGCUUAGUGUUCAGUAAAGGUAAGACAGUAGAAAACUCCAAAGUUGUAAAUCAUGACAACUGUAUAAACUAUUAAAACUGUUUACUGAAUUUUAUUGUAUAAUCUAUGGCCACCAUAUUGUACCGUGUUGUGCAACAGUUAAUACUUCUAAGAACCUACAUGUAGAGUUAACUUAGAUCCUUUUUUUUAAAUAGGUACCAAAAAUUGCGCUUACAGUAUUUGAUUAGUUUUGCAAUCAAAUAUGUUUAAAAAUAGGUAGAUAGUGAUAAUUAUAUUUAAAAAGACAAAAACGAGUAUCCCAAACGCUUGUUAACGAUGAAUCAAGUUAUUUUUAUUAAAUGACAGGUUAAUGCCAUUGUUCAAGUUAUUCAUUUCAAAUAUUCUAAAAUACUGUGACAUUUGUGUAGUUAUGUUAAAAUAUCACAAGUUCUCUCUAGUCAACAACACUGUUUUCUGAAACUUAAACUAUUCAGAGCACUAUAUAUUGCACCACUAAUAUAUAAAUACAUUGCGUAUUUUAUUUGUGAAUAUAAUUAGUUAUUUUUUUAUAAUUUUCAUGCAUAUGCUGUUUCUUUUAACUUAAGAAAUUAUAUAAUUUACACAUGUGACCAAAUAGUAUUACAAUUGUACCGAAAAUUGGCUUAUACAUAAUAUAGUGAAUAUUUGCAUUCCAUUAUUUAUUGCUUUGUUGUUUACAAUUGUUUCGUAGCUUAUGUGUAAAAUGAUAUAAAUAGUCAUUUAUUGUAUUCUGUCAUCUUAUGUAGCUCAAAUUUAUCCUUCCAAUGAAGUUCUAUAUAAUGGUGUUCAAUAAGUAAUUUUUAUGUAUGUAUUGUUACAUUUAUAUCAAUAUUUAAUUAUCAAUAAUCAGAUAUAUGUAAAUGUGAUCUCCCUUAUGUACCAGUGAUGUGUAUGAUGUGUAUGAUGUGUGUACUGAAGUACUAGUAGUCGUACCAUAAUAUGGGGCCUGUACAUAAUAGCUUUUUUAUUAAAAAGUAAUUACCAAAUAUAUCAUUUUCAAAAUCAGAUAGUGAAUGUUGUUUGUAUCCCUAUGUAUACGUGUAAUUAAUGAAGUACUUAUAGUGAUUUGAAUGUUUAGUUACUAUGUGAUCAUGUAUGUAUGUAUUCCGUAAAAUGUUAUGAGUUUUGUAACUAUUGUAAUGAAAUCAUGAAAUUUAAGACUGUUUAUUGCUAGCUUGAAAGAUAUUUUAAUCCAAAGAUCAAAUAAAUAUUUGUUAGUUUUAUUUUAUUUUAUGAAAUAGAAAUUUAUUUCUAUCGUAAAAGCUUUUAUGAAUAGGUCAUUAGUUUAGUUAUAAUAAAUGACAAUAUAUAUGAGGAAUGUGAAGCUUAAACAUAGAUAGAGGCUUUGGA